CUCUAUAGCAUAGUUUGUGCUACAAAGAUGGCGGCUCCCAUAGGCGUCAGUUAGUGUGUCUCAUUGUUAAACUCGUCCUGUAAUUUUUGCUUUUAAUGAAUCCGCCAGAGAUGGGAACGACUAGGACUGGGCGCCUUCGCAAGUUGGCGGCGAAGUUUUCGAACCUUUCACGUCCUGAUGGGUCCGCGAUAUUGGCACAAGGAGAGACUGUCGUUCAAGCAGGCGUCUAUGGGCCUGUCGAGGUAAAGCAAAUGCGCGAGCUUCCCGAGAAGGCCACAGUGGAAGUAUUUUUUCGCUCUAAAUCGGGACAGCAGAGUUGUUCAGAUCGUAUGUCUGAAAAAGUCAUUCGAAGCACGCUGGAGACUGCAUUGCUGACAGCCCUGCAUCCACGGUCUUGCAUUUCACUAACAUGUCAAGAGUUUCACAACAACGGUGGUCUCCUGGCCUGUGCAAUAAAUGCUGCCUGCCUGGCAGCCAUCGAUGCUGCAGUCAGUAUGAAAUGCCACAUAGCAGCUGUCACAGCAGCAAUGACCAACACCGGGAUUAUUCUUCUGGACCCCGAUGGGCAGCAGGAGCUGGAAGCAAGAGCCGUGUGCACGUUCUCCUUUGAAAGCCAGGAUUCUAAGCUGGUUUCAACCUACACUAGUGGCCAGUUCUCCAAGGAAGAGUUCCAGAAAUGUCUAGCUCUGUGUCAAGCAGCUGCGGGCGACAUAUUUGCCUUUUACCAAGAUGCACUGCAAAAGCGCUAUUGCCCAUCACUUUCAGCGGAUAGUGACAGUGAUGACGAUUAAAGCUCCAUGCUCUUCUUGCAUUACUUAUA